CUGAGGCGACGUCAACACAAUCAACCAUCUCAUCGAUCAAACACUCUUGCGAACAUCUUCUCUACACAACUCACAACACUUCCAUCCCAGACCACAAGAUGCACGGAAACACCAACGGCUACACCAAUGGCCACAGCAACGGCUCCAAAGUCGGCUUCGACGUCAGCGGCCUGGUCCCAGCUCCCGUAACCCCCUUCACCAAAGACGGCCAAGUCGACUACGAAGCCAUCCAACGUCUCGGCUCCUGGCUCGGCAGCAUCGAAGGCGUCAAAGGCCUCGUAGUUCUCGGCCACGCCGGUGAAGGCACAUUCCUCACACAACAAGAACAAGAAGAUGUAAUCCGAGCCUUUGUCAAAUCCACCAACGACCGCGUUCCCGUAAUCGCAGGAAUCACAGGCGAAGGCACCGAAGUCGCUGCUCUUGAAGCUAAACGUGCAAAAGCAGCAGGCGCAAAAGCCGGACUUCUUUACCCGUCUCAUGGUUGGUUGCGAUUUGGAUAUCAGCCUGGUGCUCCUCAGGAUCGAUACAAAGUUGUCUAUGAGACGAGCGGUUUGCCUCUUAUUCUGUUCCAGUAUCCCGACAACACGCACGCAACAUACAACCUUCAGACCCUGCUGGAUAUUUCUGCGCAACCUGGUGUUUUCGCUAUGAAGAAUGGUGUACGGAAUAUGCGUCGCUGGGAUACUGAGAUCCCAGUCAUCCGCCAACAGCGACCGGAUCUCCAGGUUUUGACUUGCCAUGAUGAGUAUCUCUUGCAUACUGCUUUCGACGUCGAUGGUAUGCUCGUUGGAUACGGGAACAUUGCGCCUGAGGCGUUGUUGGAGUUGAUUGAUGCGGGCAAGGCGAGAGAUUAUAAGCGAGCGAGAGCGGUUCAUGAUCAGUUGCUUCCUGUGACGAAGAGUGUGUAUCACCGCGGCUCACAUAUGGAGGGCACUGUGGCGUUGAAGCAUGCGCUUGUAGCGAGGGGGAUUCUGUCGCAUGCUACUGUUAGGUCGCCUUUGUUGCCGCUUCCUGAGGGUGCGGCGGAGGAGAUUCAUGCUGCAGUCAAGUCGGCGCAGUUGCAGAAGGUUAUUGUGAAGGGGUUUUAGAAUGAGAUAGAUCUGUUUCCAAGUCUUGUAGCAUGAUAGUACAUUUGGCAGUCA